AUGUUUUACGCAAUCGGACUGGGUCUCGCUGACGAAAAGGACGUUUCGGUCAAGGGUCUCGAGAUCAUCAAGCGCGCCGAGCGUGUCUACCUCGAAGCCUAUACCGCUGUCCUGCUCGUCGAGAAGGAAGUCCUGGAAGCUUACUAUGGCCGCCAAGUAAUCAUCGCCGACCGUGAGAUGGUCGAAUCCUCGUCAGACGAGAUUCUCGACGGCGCCGACAAGGUCGACAUUGCCUUUUUGGUUGUCGGCGAUCCCUUCUCAGCUACCACCCACACCGACUUCAUCAUCCGCGCUCGUGAGAAGAACAUCCCGACCCGCAUCCUGCCCAACGCCUCUAUCCUGACUGGCGUUGGCUGCACCGGCCUCUCGCUCUACAACUUCGGUCAGACCGUCUCCAUGGUCUUCUUCACAGACAACUGGAAGCCCGCCAGCUACUACGACCGCGUCAAGGAGAACGUUGCUCUGGGUCUGCACACUUUGGUCUUGCUCGACAUCAAGGUCAAGGAGCCCAACCUCGAAUCUCUGGCUAGAGGUAGAAUUGUCUACGAGCCCCCGCGCUUCAUGACCGUCGCCCAGUGCGCACAACAGAUGAUCGAGACCGAGCAAGAGAAGGGCGAGGGCAUCUGCUCAAAAGACAGAUUGGCUGUUGGUGUAGCUCGUGUCGGUGCCGACGAUCAAGAAAUCGUUGCUGGAACCCUGGAGCAGCUGGCUGACGCUGACUUGGGCAAGCCCCUACACAGUCUGGUCCUUAUCGGCAAGCGCAUGCACGAUAUGGAGAAGGACUACGUUCGCGAAUACGCCGUCGACAAGAAGGUCUUUGACCAAGUCUUCGCUAGAGACUACCACCAAUCAUAG